AGUGCCAAGGGCAAAGAUGUAUAUUGUAUGCGUGGACGGCCAUGAAAACCGAAAGAACAAGGAUGGCGGCAGGUUCUGCUGUAUACGGUUGCACACCACGCCGCACAAUAACCUUUCUGUGGUGGCUAGAUUGGUAUAAAUGAGCAUGUUGUGACUGAAUAUUAAUGUCUAUACAUUGCCUUUUUUGGAAAUGUCGACCCUCCCAAUAUGGCCGCCACCGAGCCACGUUUGUUAGCUGUGCUGCUUGACAGCGCUUCGCUGAAUGCCUUGGGGUGUGUAAUGACGUCAACUCAGGUCCUAGCACGUGAUAAAACUGUAUUUAACUGUGGCGGUGAUUUAUCCUUACUUAUACACUUGGAAUCAAUAAAUUAAGAGUUUUUAGUACUUAACUUAAAACUAGAAUGUUUUGGAUCGAAUAGAUUAUUGGGUUAUAAUACUAGUAGUUAUUGUUUUUUUUUUUUCUUCAAAGACCUUUACGCAUCGUUUCCCCUCAGUCGUUGAAGUGGGAAGAGUGGGAUCCGGACUGUUGUGGUUCCAGCAGCACCAAUUGGGACUAUUAUGUCGGGCGCGGCCGGUGGAGGCUCCUCUUGUCUUGGCGGAGCAGCAGGAGCUAGUAGCAGCUCCGCCGGCCCUCUCUACGCUGCGGCAUCCGGGGGAGGAGCAGGGGUAGCCGGGAGGCUACCUGCUCGGGUCCUAGAGCAUAUUUUCUCCUAUUUAGAGCUCGCUGAUUUGACACGAUGCGCGUUGGUGUGCUGGCACUGGAACAACAUUCUGGCCGAUGAAAACAGCGAGGUGUGGCGCAGCCUGGGUGCUCGAACAUUAAGCGAAGAAGCUCUGCGGUCAGACAUUCUGUGCAACCUCCCUUCAUACAAGAGCAAGCUCAAAUCCUUCCAACACGCUCUGAGCUCCCAUGACUGCAGUCGCAACGUGUACGUGAAGAAGAACGGAUUCACCUUGCACCGCAACCCCAUCGCCCAGAGCACAGAUGGAGCACGGGGCAAGAUCGGCUUUUCGGAGGGGCGCCACGCUUGGGAGAUCUGGUGGGAAGGCCCUCUGGGCACGGUGGCGGUGAUUGGCAUCGCCACCAAGCGGGCGUCCAUGCAGUGCCAAGGCUACGUGGCCCUUCUGGGCAGCGACGACCAGAGCUGGGGCUGGAACCUGGUCGACAACAACUUACUUCACAACGGGGAGGUGAACGGGAACUUCCCACAGUGUAACAAUGCACCUAAAUAUCAGAUUGGAGAGAGAAUAAGAGUGAUUCUCGACAUGGAUGACAAGACAUUAGCCUUCGAGAGGGGCUUUGAGUUUCUGGGAGUCGCGUUUCGGGGACUGCCCAAAGCCUGCCUGUUUCCUGCAGUGUCCGCCGUGUACGGCAACACUGAGGUCACGAUGGUGUACUUGGGGAAGCCGCUGGAUGGCUAGGAGCCGCACAAACUAAAGCUCAUGGAGGCCGAACUCUCCCGUUUCUCCGAAGCAGCCAUUCGCGCUCAUCCCAAGGACUAUUGAUAUUUCGCCCACAUCCCAACAUGAACCCUGAGUCAGAUUUUUGAACUGUGAAAAGGACUGCUUAUUUAUGUGUCAGUAUGGGAGCUAUGACCUUUACAAGUUAGAUACCAGAUACAUGUAGGACUUCAAAAUAUGUAAACUUUUCAUGAACAUGAACCACAAAUUUGACUUCUGCCUGAAGGUCCAUCUUAAACUAUUGUAGACUACAGCAAACACUAAAAAAAAAAAAAAAAAAAAAAACUUUUUACACAAUAAAGCUAAUCAGGAGUUAAAUAAACAGCUCACUCUGGAAUAAUCUAUUAUAACCCUUAUUAUGAUUUGCAUGCCACAUCAACAUAAACUGACUCAGUCGUUGUCAUGUAUGGAAAUUGGCGUACGGGCCGCUGUAAUCGGUCGUUUUUAAGACCACACAUUCAAUCAUGGUGGAAAAUGUCAUGUCCGUGAGUCCUUUUAAAUGUGCUACUAUAGUGUGACACUAUACUAUUUAUUUCUCUGUUUUAUCUUUGGUACUAUUACUGUAUGGUUUAAAAGCUGGAGAAUAAAGUUAUGACAUCGUGCCACUCUGGAUGGCUUUUUAAUCAAUGGUCUCUUUGUAGAUCUACAUCAUUCCUGAUAUUGUCAUUCUCUGUCACUCUGUGUCGAUCAGUGUCUCUAACCUUGAUAUUGUCCCUUACAUUUUUUUCCUCUCAAACUCCCCUAAUAGUAUCUGCUCAUUUUAAGGAAUUGAUAUACAUAUCUCCUGAUUUCUCAUUUCAUAGUUCCACAAGAGGUCAGUGCAGCAACUGUCUUGUCCAUUCUUUCCACGCAAGCUAGACCUCUCUAAAUAAAUAUUCAACACACUCCCAGAGUUGGUAAA